AAACACCAUCAAUGAAUACUGGACCUACUGCUGAUCAUACGUAUGGAACAUCCGAUGGUUGGUAUAUUUACAUGGAAGCUAGUUUUCCACAACAAUAUAAUCAACGUUGCCGUAUUGUAUCAGAAGAAAUUCAAGGACAAAAAUGUUUACAAUUUUGGUAUUAUAUGUAUGGUAUGGAUGUUGAUACAUUAAAUGUUUAUAUUAAAGUAAAUAAUAAUAUGGGUAAACCAGUAUGGACACGUACACGAGAUCAAGGUGAUUUGACUUUCAUAUAA